GUACUCCAUUCGUUUGAACCGCACUUUCUGGUUCACAGUGACGUCACACUUCGGUAGUCUACACAAAACACACGUCUGCCUGCAACGCUGAACAAACCGAUCCAAGGCAAACAAAACAACAAAAUGGUUUUGCAGACGGGAGCAAAAAUCUCCUUCACAGUCAUCAUCUUCGUCUUUCAAGCUGACGCAUUUCUAUCCGAGUGGACGCUGAGGGCGCCCUGCGAUGAUCAUUUUUUCCACCAGUCAACAAAUAUCCACGGCGCAGGCGAUGACGACAAUUCGUGCACAGUAUUUCUAGAGGAGAAAUACUAUGAAGACAAGAGCUCCAAGCUGCCACUAGCGGUGUUUCUUACGUGUCUAGCAAUUGCGGCUCUGUACACAUUCCGUGUACUCUCCGCGAGGGACUGUCCCAGAGUCAGUCAGUCUGCCCUGAAGAAAGACACACAACUCGGUCUGAUGAAGCGCCUGAGAGUUCACUGGUGGGACGAGCAGCCGGGAUUGCCGCUUCUGAACUGGGAAAGAUGUCCUAGCUGUCACAGACUUGAACGACUGCAGCUGACACAGUGACAAACUAAUCACACAUUAAGUCUUGCUUUUUUCACCCCAAAGUCUGAUCAUCUGUGCCCUGCAUUGCUAGUUGUACAAUUAAUUUCAUGCUGCCACUUUAUCUGUUUUCUCGAUUAAUCAGAGAACAGAAAUCGUGAAGCAAAGUCAGAACCGAUUUUAUAUUUGUAACCCAUCGGCCCAUUCUUGUCACCUAUACUGUGCUUCCUAGAAUACAUGUCAGUUAUUUCCUAAAUGUCUAACUAACACUUUCCAAUCAUUAAUAACGUCGGGCCUAAACAUUUCCUUCUCUGAAACAAAAAAGGUUGAAACAAUUCCAAGAAUUCUCACAAUCUACCCAACCUGUGUAUGUACCUCGUCCCGUAAUCUUUUCCUCUUUCCUUUUUAGCUCAAAACACUGCUCAGCGCGACAGAGCGAUUUAUCAGAAGUCUGUGCUAUUCAAGGGUAAUGUUUAUCAUUUAUGCCCGUCUGUUUUGAGCUAGACGCAUUAAAAACCUGUGCAUCAUA